CUUUUCCCAACACCCCAACGACUCUUCCUGCUUUUUUCCCAUCCACCCUCCAACAGCUUUUCCCGCCUUUUUUCCAUCCCUCCCAACUGUUGUCCCCGCCUCAGACUUGAGCUGCCUGAGGAUUGAGGAGGACUGAGGAGAUAAAAGGAAACCCUGCAACUCUCCCAGCAGUGGCCAAGCAUGGAGGAGACCCACACAUCCCUCAUCCCAUUCGCAAAGCAGUCCAGGAUGGUACGUCGAUAUAACCCAAGAGCUGGUACCAUGGGGCUUCCCACCCAUCAUCAAGGCAUGUGCUACCACAGCGAUGAAUUUUGGAGCCAGCUUAGCCAGUGGCCAGGCCCGCAUUGGAUGAAGGAAUACAGGGAAGCAACACCCCCGCUGAUGUCUAGCUCUGCCAUCCACAGGCCUGAUGCUCAGAUAGAUGCAGGCUCCUGGGAAGUGCUGUCCAUCCCUCCAACACUUCCCUCUCCUCAGGAGCUGUGUAGGAGAAGUGGCAGGCUGAAACGAAAGAAACUGGAGAGCAGUAGUGUGAUGUCGGUCUGUUAUCACCUGGAGGAACUGAAGAAAAGGCAAAGCUGCAUUGAUCAGUAUGGAGCUGAUUGGACGCUGAAGAGGCUGAAAUGGGGUGGAUACGGCUCCCCCACCAACGCUGAAGGGCUCAAAGGUACAGCUGAAUCUUUAGCAGAAGAAAUACUGAGUGGAAGAGACCUGCCCAGCCACGAGACCAAGCCAAGACCUUUGUGGAUCUCUGAAGAGAACUCUUUCGCUAACAGCAGUGGCAGUGGGCUGGUGAGCGGGCUGGCCUGCCCGCCACCAAGCCGCCACCACGCCGCAGAGCAGCAGUGCAGCCCCCUGGAAAUCUCGACAUUCCCCUCCGUUGUGGCUGCGACUGACCAACACCCAUUGCCGGUCAGGUGCCUGCCUCAGGAAGCCUUCUGGGGCUAUGGGCACCAGCCAGAGGAGUGAUCCAUCGUGGCAACCCAGGCUAGCCUGUUGCCUUUUUGAAGUGCUCAGUGUGAGCAUGGGAGCUCUUGCCUGUGCACACUUGCAACAGGCCAUGUAUUGAAAGGGUAUUAGUGCUUGGUGCCUGGUUAUUGGCUAUUUGUCCCUUGGUUUUUUUUUGGCAAGGAAAGCAGCUGCUUUGUUCUUGGCAUUCUCUGGGCGCUCUCAGUAGCCAGAAAGACAUCAGCAAAGACUUCAGGAUUGUUUCCAUAGUGAUGCAGUGCAAAUGGAAUAGAAGAGGAAGCUGUCUGCAUUAUACCCCGCCCUCUCUCUCCCGCUCCUACAUGUUUUAGUUAUCCAACGCUCAGAGAGCAAAUCAACCUAAGCAACAAUGUCUAACGCACCUGCCACCUACAAUACCAGGAAGUCAUGAGCUACCCCGACGCUGGAUGAGACAGAUGCUGAAAUGGUAUCAAAGCAAUGUCCCCUUGAUGCCCUCUACCCCAGGAAAGAUUCAGAUAAGCCUUUAACCUGGGAGCUUGUUUGAACCUGAGCUGAAAUUUGGAGCCACUUUCCUCCCAUACCUGCAGCUACAGAGCUGUCUCUACCCGAUGGAAGGCUGCCUUGGCCAUUGCUGGUGAAUGACAGUUUUGCGGGAGACAGCUUGCGCUCCUCUCUUCCUGCGGAAAAAGCAAAAGUCAUGGGUGGCAGGAUCCCCAGACGCUUGCAGAUGAUUCUCUUCUCUCCAGUGAGAACCAUCCAGGAGAGGUAAGUGUGGGGCACUUAGUGAGAGGCUAACCUGUUGGACUUCUCCAAAACUUCAUGUCAUGGAGAGGGGUGUGAAUCAGGCCCAGUUCUUCUGCUGCUCCUGACCCUAGUUUCAUGGUAAUGAAUUAUAAAUCGUGCCUCCAGGAAAACCUUGAGCACAUGGAAUCCCAACACCUUUUUGAAAACCCAAUCCCCUCCUGGCUCAUUUGGAAGGUGAAUGAAAACAGCUAGGAUGAAAUUCAGUUAAUCCCUUGUGCUGCCACCCUUCUGAAUGGGGCAUGAAUUUUCCCAGCAGAACACUCUGGGUUCUACCCUCCAAAGGAAAGUAGGGAAUUUUGAAAACCCCACUGCAAACUUUUAAUAACACCACCUAUUUAUUUUUUAAGAAAAUGAGCUACAAUCUUUUUAAAUUUGGGCCAGAGAAAGUACUUCCCUCCCUAGAAUUGGGCUGUGUUUUCCAGCAUCCACAAAUGCACAUGACCUUUCCAGUGCUGUGUGAUAAAAGCAUAUUCUUGGCAAAGUUCAAACACACCCUAUAUAUUGGCAUUGUAAAAUGAUAAGCAUUGGGCUUUGGAAAGCACUGCGACUAUUCUAGUUGCACCAAGACCUUUCUGUAUUGCAGGUAACUUACUUUGGAGAGGUUUUUAAAUUCUACUUAUGUUCCCAUGCAAGUAUUGAUUGAUAUAUAUCAGAUGGUUGCCGAUCAUUUAAGUUACUGCUCACACAUUUGGAAAGGGGUUUGAAUCAGGCCCUAUAGAAUUAGUUCAUGUUGUUCAGUAAUAUUUGAGGUACCAAUUCAGUAAAGAACAUAAAGACAUGCUUAAUUUUAAACACGUCUAAGCUUAUUGAUAUCCAGCAAAAUAUACAAGCACCUAGCUGAAUCCAGACCCUGAAUGAGUCAGGUUUUUACUGUUCUGUAACAUUUAAUGUUCACUUUUUGAUCUUUGCAAGUUCAGUAACAGUUAACAAAGGGGUCUAUUGUUCAAAUAUAGGAAGAUUAGUGACCCUAACAGUUUAUUGUGCAGGUGAGGACAAUUCCUUCGUUUAUCUCACUGUUCAGCUAAAUUUGUUAUAGAAUUUGUGUAGCGAUUUUGCUCCUAUUUGAUGUCUUGUCUCAAGAAGUUAUUUAGAAGUUCAUUGUACUAUUCUGUACUAGUUAUGGGAAAUGUUCCCUCUUAUUUAUUAUCCCCACUAUUAAACAAAGU